AACUUCAAUUUUGUUGCCUGGUGCAGCAGGUAGCUGUGACCCUUUGAGGCGUUUGGUGCUCCGGUAGCCGCCACGGCUGGAGAGCGAGUGUUGCCAUGGAAUCGAUCAGUGUAAGUAUAUACACUGCUGAUAACUACUCGGAAGAACUGGGGUCCGGAGACUAUGACUUCAACAAGGAACCCUGCUUCCCGGAUGAGAACGUCCAUUUCAACAGGAUCUUCCUGCCCACCAUCUACUUCAUCAUCUUCUUGACUGGCAUAGUGGGCAAUGGAUUGGUGAUCCUGGUCAUGGGUUACCAGAAGAAGUUAAGAAGCAUGACAGACAAGUACCGACUGCACCUGUCGGUGGCCGACCUCCUCUUUGUCAUCACGCUCCCCUUCUGGGCAGUCGAUGCCAUGGCUGACUGGUACUUUGGGAAAUUUUUAUGUAAGGCUGUUCAUGUCAUCUACACUGUCAACCUCUACAGCAGUGUCCUCAUCCUGGCCUUCAUCAGCCUGGACCGGUACCUCGCCAUUGUCCAUGCCACCAACAGUCAGAGGCCAAGGAAGCUGCUGGCUGAAAAGGCAGUCUACGUGGGUGUCUGGGUCCCAGCACUCCUCCUGACUAUACCUGACUUCAUCUUUGCCGAUGUCAGCCAGGGGGACGUCAGCCAGGGGGACGACAGGUACAUCUGUGACCGCCUUUACCCCGAUAGCCUGUGGAUGGUGGUGUUCCAUUUCCAGCACAUCAUGGUGGGUCUCAUCCUGCCGGGCAUCGUCAUCCUCUCCUGUUACUGCAUCAUCAUCUCUAAGCUGUCCCACUCCAAGGGCCACCAGAAGCGCAAGGCCCUCAAGACGACGGUCAUCCUCAUCUUAGCUUUCUUUGCCUGCUGGCUACCGUAUUACGUGGGGAUCAGCAUCGACUCCUUCAUCCUUUUGGGGGUCAUCAAGCAAGGCUGUGACUUCGAGAGCAUCGUGCACAAGUGGAUCUCUAUCACAGAGGCCCUCGCCUUCUUCCACUGUUGCCUGAACCCCAUCCUCUACGCCUUCCUCGGGGCCAAGUUCAAAAGCUCUGCGCAACAUGCACUCAAUUCCAUGAGCAGAGGCUCCAGCCUCAAGAUCCUUUCGAAAGGCAAGCGGGGUGGACACUCUUCUGUCUCAACAGAGUCAGAAUCCUCCAGUUUCCACUCCAGCUAACACUUAAUGCAAAGACAUAUAUAAUAUAUAUAUAUGAUAAAGAACUUUUUUAUGUUCCACAUUUUCCAGAUAUAAAAGACUGACCAAUCUUGUA